ACCGGAAGUGAGGUCUGGGCGGGUAGCUUUCCCGGGAGUUCGCUGUCUGCCACGGCGGCUGCAGCCACUGAGGAAGUGGGGUUUCCUUGGAGCUGGCGAUCUCCCCUCUCUUCGGGGUUCCACUUCCGCGCCGGGCGGUGAGGGCCUCGAGGCGGGCUCCGAGGGGUCUAAGAAUCGAGCCUGGGCUCCGGGCGCGAGGAAAGCGAGGCCCGGAGUCGGGGCUGGCGGGGCAAGGCGCUGAGGAUCUCUGGAGUCUCUUCAGAGUGGCUGGGUCUCUGCUGCGGCCCCCAGAACCCUUCCAGGCCUUUCCCAUUGCCCGCGGCCAGCGGGGUUCCCCGAGAUUGAGAUUUUGCUGCGGCCCCUGCCCUUCAACAUCCCAGCUCCUGCCUUUGAAGGAGGACCCUUCAUAGCGACAGACGUCUCUCCUGGCUGCUGACACACUUCCCCGCCUAGGCUCCGAAGUGGCUUGUCAUGACUGCAGUGUGAACUAGUGUGUAUCCUAACUUACUGACCCAGAGGUGCUUGCCAUUAUGGGGAAUCAGCUCGCUGGUAUUGCUCCUUCCCAGAUCCUUUCUGUAGAGAGUUAUUUUUCAGAUAUCCAUGACUUUGAAUAUGAUAAGAGCCUCGGAAGUACUCGUUUUUUUAAAGUUGCUCGAGCAAAGCAUCGAGAAGGUUUGGUGGUUGUGAAGGUCUUUGCAAUUCAGGAUCCCACAUUGCCUUUAACCAGCUAUAAACAAGAGCUGGAGGAACUGAAAAUCAGGCUUAAUUCUGCUCAAAACUGUCUCCCUUUCCAGAAAGCAAUGGAAAAAGCAUCUGAGAAAGCAGCUAUGCUCUUUAGGCAGUAUGUGCGAGACAACCUCUAUGAUCGCAUCAGUACUCGUCCAUUCUUAAAUAACAUUGAAAAGCGCUGGAUCGCUUUCCAGAUACUGACAGCUGUGGACCAAGCACAUAAAUCUGGAGUCCGUCACGGGGACAUCAAGACUGAGAAUGUGAUGGUCACCAGUUGGAACUGGGUUCUUCUAACUGAUUUUGCCAGUUUUAAACCCACUUACCUUCCAGAGGACAACCCAGCAGAUUUCAACUAUUUCUUUGACACUUCACGGAGGAGAACUUGCUAUAUUGCUCCUGAACGUUUUGUUGAUGGUGGGAUGUUUGCCACUGAGUUGGAAUACAUGAGAGAUCCUUCAACUCCGCUUGUAGACUUAAAUAGUAAUCAGAGAACAAGGGGAGAGUUGAAGAGAGCAAUGGACAUCUUUUCAGCAGGUUGCGUGAUAGCUGAGCUUUUUACAGAAGGUGUACCACUAUUUGAUCUCUCUCAGCUUUUGGCUUAUAGAAAUGGACAUUUUUUCCCUGAACAAGUGCUAAAUAAAAUUGAAGAUCGCAGUAUCAGAGAAUUGGUAACUCAGAUGAUUCACCGUGAGCCAGAUAAACGUUUAUUGGCAGAAGAUUACUUAAAGCAACAGCGUGGCAAUGCCUUUCCUGAAAUAUUUUACACUUUCCUUCAGCCCUACAUGGCCCAGUUUGCCAAGGAGACAUUUCUGUCUGCAGAUGAGCGUAUUCUGGUUAUACGGAAGGAUUUGGACAACAUUAUUCACAACCUCUGUGGACGUGACCCACCAGAAAACACCGAGGGGGAACCUAAGGACAAUGGGCUGGUUAUCUUGGUGUCUGUUAUAACGUCCUGCCUGCAGACCCUGAAGUACUGCGAUUCCAAACUUGCUGCUUUGGAACUUAUUCUCCAUUUGGCCCCACGAUUAAGUGUAGAGAUCCUUCUGGAUCGUAUUACUCCAUAUCUUCUGCAUUUUAGCAACGACUCUGUUCCCAGAGUGAGGGCUGAAGCCUUGAGGACGUUGACCAAAGUUCUUGCUCUUGUCAAGGAGGUUCCUCGCAAUGAUAUCAAUAUCUAUCCGGAAUAUAUCCUGCCAGGCAUAGCCCACUUAGCCCAGGAUGAUGCCACCAUCGUCAGACUAGCCUACGCUGAAAACAUAGCAUUGCUGGCAGAAACAGCUCUGAGAUUCCUGGAAUUAGUGCAGUUAAAAAAUCUCAAUAUGGAAAAUGACCCAAAUAGUGAAGAAAUAGAUGAAGUUACACAUCCCAAUGGAAAUUAUGACACAGAGCUCCAAGCCUUACAUGAAAUGGUCCAGCAGAAAGUUGUCACUUUGCUAAGUGACCCAGAAAAUAUUGUGAAACAAACCCUGAUGGAAAAUGGAAUAACACGGCUUUGUGUAUUCUUUGGACGUCAGAAAGCCAACGAUGUGUUGUUGUCCCACAUGAUCACUUUCCUAAAUGAUAAGAAUGAUUGGCAUUUGCGUGGAGCUUUUUUUGAUAGUAUAGUUGGUGUUGCUGCCUAUGUUGGCUGGCAAAGCUCCUCAAUUCUCAAACCCCUGCUGCAACAAGGCCUUAGUGAUGCCGAGGAAUUUGUUAUUGUUAAAGCUCUCAAUGCCCUUACCUGUAUGUGCCAGUUAGGUCUGCUACAAAAACCUCAUGUCUAUGAAUUUGCCAGUGAUAUUGCGCCCUUCCUUUGUCAUCCCAAUCUGUGGAUACGCUAUGGUGCCGUGGGAUUUAUUACAGUGGUAGCUGAUAAGAUAAGCACAGCUGAUGUCUACUGCAAACUGAUGCCUUACCUUGACCCAUAUAUUACCCAGCCAAUAAUACAGAUUGAAAGAAAACUCGUUCUACUCAGUGUUCUAAAAGAGCCAGUAAGUCGUUCUAUAUUCGAUUAUGCUUUGAGGUCUAAAGAUAUUACUAGCUUGUUCAGACAUCUUCAUAUGCGUCAGAAGAAACGAAAUGGGUCUCUCUUUGACUGCCCUCCACCCGAGGAUCCUGCCAUAGCACAGCUUCUGAAGAAAUUGCUCUCUCAGGGAAUGACUGAGGAAGAGGAAGAUAAACUUCUGGCACUGAAAGACUUCAUGAUGAAAUCUAACAAAGCAAAGGCCAAUAUAGUGGACCAGAGCCAUCUUCAUGAUAGUAGUCAGAAAGGUGUAAUUGACCUGGCAGCCUUAGGCAUAACUGGGAGACAAGUUGAUCUUGUUAAAACCAAACAGGAACCAGAUGACAAGCGGGCUAGAAAGCAUGUAAAACAAGACUCAAAUGUGAAUGAAGAAUGGAAAAGCAUGUUUGGGUCACUGGAGCCACCGAACAUCCCCCAGGCGCUACCUAAAGGGAGUGACCAGGAGGUGAUUCAGACUGGGAAGCCGCCUCGCUCCGAGUCCUCUGCUGGCAUUUGUGUCCCUUUGUCAACUUCUCCACAGGUUCCGGAAGUGACCAAUGUCCAAAAUAGAAAACCGACAAUACAGGUUCUAAGUAGUACAGUUUUACCAUCCACCUCCCAGAUUCGGAUCACAACUUGCAAGACUGAACUUCAGCAACUCAUACAACAGAAGCGGGAGCAGUGCAAUGCUGAGAGGAUAGCUAAGCAGAUGAUGGAAAACGCUGAAUGGGAGAGCAAACCACCACCACCUGGGUGGCGCCCUAAGGGGUUACUAGUUGCACAUCUUCAUGAACACAAAUCUGCUGUGAAUCGAAUUAGAGUUUCUGAUGAACACUCACUCUUUGCAACAUGUUCAAAUGAUGGCACAGUGAAAAUCUGGAAUAGUCAAAAGAUGGAAGGGAAGACCACCACUACCAGAUCUAUUCUUACAUAUAGCCGAAUCGGAGGACGCGUCAAGACGCUCACAUUCUGCCAGGGUUCCCAUUACUUAGCUAUAGCGUCUGAUAAUGGUGCUGUCCAGCUUCUUGGGAUAGAGGCUUCUAAGCUGCCCAAGUCUCCUAAAAUUCAUCCUCUACAGAGCAGAAUCCUAGACCCGAAGGAGGAUGGCUGUGUUGUGGAUAUGCACCAUUUCAACUCUGGGGCGCAGUCUGUUCUGGCCUACGCCACUGUGAACGGCUCGCUGGUUGGCUGGGACCUCAGGUCUUCAAGCAAUGCAUGGACCUUAAAGCACGAUUUGAAGUCGGGCCUCAUCACUUCCUUUGCCGUGGACAUCCACCAGUGCUGGCUCUGCAUUGGUACAAGCUGCGGUACCAUGGCUUGUUGGGACAUGAGGUUCCAGUUGCCAAUUUCCAGUCACUGUCAUCCUUCUAGGGCUCGAAUCAGGCGACUGUCAAUGCACCCACUGUAUCAGUCCUGGGUGACUGCAGACCGAACACUUGAGUCUGCCCCAUUCUGACCACAGAAGUUCCCGCCACUGAUAUCUCACUGGCAUCCCUUGCUUAUGGUGUUUAAAAAUGAUCUCAUCACACCAAAGACACAAGGUAAUUAUGAGCCCAAGAGACAGAAAGGGCCACGUAAACCAGAGACUACAUCAGCCUGAGACCAGAAGAACUAGAUGGUGCCCAGCUACAACUGAUGUCUGCCCUGACAGGGAACACAACAGAGAACCCCUGAGGGAGCAGGAGAGCAGUGGGAUGCAGACCCCAAAUUCUCAUAAAAAGACCAGAUUAAUGGUCUGACUGAGACUAGAAGGACCCUGAAGGUCAUGGUCCCCAGACCUUCUGUUAGCCAAAGACAGGAACCAUUCCCACAGGCAACUCUUCAGACAGGGAUUGGACUGGACAAUGGGAUAGAAAAUGAUGCUGGUGAAGAAUGAGCUUCUUGGAUCAAGUAGACACAUGAUACUAUGUUGGCAUCUCCUGUCUGGAGAGGAGAAGAGAUGAGAGGGCAGAGGGGGUCAGAAGCUGGUGGAAGGGACUCAAGAAAAGAGAGUGCAGGGAAGGAGUGUGCUGUCUCAUUAGGGGGGAGAGCAAUUAGGAGUAUAUAGCAAGGUGUAUAUAAAUUUUUAUAUGAGAGACUGACUUGGUAUGUAAACUUUGACUUAAAGCACAAUAAAAAAAAAAAGAUCUCAUCAGUUACCAUCACAGUUGUUCAUUCUUAACAGUCCCCUUACCAUCUCCCAUUCCAUUUCUUUUUCAUGUAUCUUCUGUUUUUGUUAGAACGGUUAGUAUCUUUCUAGAAGUCUGAGUUAGAAACCUUAAUUCAUCCUUCUCAAUGCCCAUUUCUUGUGGAUCUGUUUCUGUUUUUCUCACAGCUUCCCUUCCUUCUGGUUUUGAAUCUCACGGCCUUCACUGGCACUCACUUUUUCUUGUGUAGAUUCUUGGGCAAGACACUUGCACAUAUCUUUGAAAUUGAUUUUCCUCAUCUGUAAAAUGUGUUUAAAAGCACUUACCUUACAGAGUUGUCAGAAUUUGAGAUAAAACGUGUCAAGUACAUAGCGUUGUACACAGUUAGUUCUUGAUAAAUCUUGGCUGUUGUUAUCGUUUCCUCAUUGGUCCUCUUGCCUCUAGGCUCUUUCUAGUCCCUUUUCAUAACACAGUCCGUCUCAUACAGUGCUACUGUCAGAGUCACCAUGUUGCCAAAUUCAGUGGCCUUUACUUACCCCUCCUCUUACUUGACUUAUCAUGUGGUCACUUGAUCAUUUGUAUCUUUUCGAAAUACUUUUCUUACAUGGUUUCAAGGGCAUCACUCUCUGGUGAUCUAUUGGUUUUUCCUACCUUCCUGACUUUUAAAGUUUGGCUUGCCACUGGGUACAGUCUUUAGUCUUAACUAACCUCUUCUCCUUCUACACUGGAUCCUUCUGUGAGCUCAUCCAGUGCAUGCUUUAAAUAUCAAAUUUAUAUUUCUGGCUUUGAUAUUUCCCUUAAAAUUCGUAUUCCUAUAUCUGUCUACUUAAAAUUUAGGGCCUACCCAGGUAAUCCAGGAUAAUCUGUCUCAAAGUUCUUAAAUUAAUCACAUUUGCAAGUCACUCCGCCAUAUAAGGUAACAUUCACAGAUCAGGGAUUAGGAGCUCCAUAUCUUUGGGGCCAUUGUUUGCCUAUCACAGGAUGAACCCAUCUAGAACCCAGAGGACACAGGAGCCUGUUGACGGGGUCCAUACUUGUCAGCCUUAGAAUGGCAAACGGAGGCUGACCAGCACUACCACUCUCUCCUACUAACCUCCCAUCCACACUGCUCCAACCACACUGGCCUCCUGAUUUACUCCGUGAGCUGAGAACACUCCUGCUUCAGGGCCUUUUUAUUUUUUUGUUUAUUAUCUUCACUAGAAUGUAAGUCCCAUGAAACAGAAUUUUUCUGCUUUGUUUAUCAUGUUUUCUUCAGUGCCUGGGACAGUGACUGGCUCAUAGUAAAUUACUGGCUCAGUAAGUGUUGAUGAAUUAAUGAAGCCUGGGAUGUUGUCCUGUUUCUGUUGAGUCGAUUCUGACUUACAGUGACCCUAUAGGACAGAGUAGAACUUCCCUGUAGAGAUUCCAAGGAGUGGCUGAUGAAUUUGAACUGCCAACCUACUGGUUGGCAGCUGAGUUCUUAACCACUGUGCUAUCAAGUUGGAGCCCUGGCGGCACAGUGGUUAAGAGUUUGGUUGCUAACCAAAAAGGCUGGCAGUUCAAAUCACCAGCUGUCCCUUGGAAACCCUACGGGGCAGUUCUACUCUGUCCUAUAGGGUCGCCAUGAGUCAAAACUGACUCGAUGGCAGUGGGUUUGGUGAGAUGUUGUCAUGCCCGCUGCUCAAAAAUGCCUCAGGGAUAAUGUCUACCCUUCUCAGGCAUGUAGUCCCAGUUCUCUAUAAUCUGCCUUCACCUUUCUUUCCUCUCUACCCUCCAUCUCCCACUCCGCCCUGUCGCAACUGUGCUUCAGUCGAACCAACUAAUGUGUUUUCUCAAAAUGCCCAGAGAUUUUUGCUUUUGUGUUUUUUCCUCAUUCCAUUCUUGCUGCCUGAAUUGGUCUACCUUCUGCUUGUAUCUAUCCAGUUGUCCAGUUUUACCUGUUCUUUCAGUCCUAGCUGAAAUGUCUUCUCCAUGAACCGGCCUGGAUUCUCACUCACUGCAUGUAAUCUCAUUGUCUUAUGUGUUACACAUUUUUUUCAUUUCUAGGCUGUAGAUUUCUUGAGGGCAAGAUCUACUUGUGAUCUGCCUUUCUCUCCGCCUAGUUGGAGACCAGUAAAUAUUUACAGGGAGGUUGUUAAAAAUAUUGUUUUUUUGUACUCAUAUAGUCUGGUCACAGGGUCACGAUUUUUUUAAAAAAAACACUAGUCGGUAUUUCAUGCAGGAUGGGAAAAAAUGGGAAUCAGUACAGGCUGACUUGCAUCAUCUGCCAAGAUGUGAAAGCUCCGAGAACAA